UUCAUUGUUGAUUACUGCUUGUUACAGAUUUAAACCCGUUGUUGGAUUGAACGAUGGCUUCUCCUACGCCGUCUCUAGACUCGCUAUCCGGAUUCAACACGUUCGGCCCGGACUACAACAGAUCGUUAUCGUCCAGCCACUCGCCGACCGACUCAGACAGCAGCGCAUCGGGCGUGUCCACGGGCGGCAGCGGAACGAGCAACAACACCGGUCCGCGGAAAUGUCAGUUGUGCCAUGAGAUAUUCUCGAACCCACGAGUGCUGCCUUGUUUACACACGUUCUGUCACACGUGCCUAGAAAACAACCAGGACCAGCCGGAGAAGAUCACGUGCCCGAACUGCCAUCAGGAGUGCAUCCUUUCGAACCGCGGCAUAUCCGGCCUGUUGCCAGACUUCACUGUAAACGGGUCCAUCGAAGUCAACCCGGACAAGUUCGCGGGCGUGUGCAAGGGCUGCAAGAAUCUCAACACGAACGUGGUAGCCUAUUGCUACGAUUGUCAGCAGACGUUGUGCGCCAACUGCAUGAUGGCCCACCAGUUCAUGAACUGCUUCGAGGAUCAUCGCCUGCACGGCCUGACGUUCGACAACAGCGGCGACGACACCAAGAACGCGUUCGUGCCGACCAGCGUGGGCGAUCGCGUGGUGUUCUGUUCGCGUCACAAGAACGAGCCGCUCAAGUACUUCUGUCGCACGUGCAACGUACCGGUGUGCAAGGAGUGCACGCUGAGCGACCAUCAGUUUAGCAUGCAUGACGUGGAGCACCUGAGCGACAUCGGCGUCAAACUGCUGGACGUGCUGAACGGCACGGUGCAGGAGAGCAAGGCCAAGGCGACCGACAUCCGGAACAUGGUGAAGACCAUCGAGCACACGUCCAACAAGCUGCAGGUCCAGUACCACAAGGCCCAGAAUGAGAUCAACGAGACGUUCGCGUUCUACCGGUCGAUGCUCGAGGAGCGCAAGCAGGAGCUGCUCAAGGAGGUUGAGAGCGUGCACAGCGCCAAGCAAUUGACGCUCAACGAAGCGUCGCAGAAGGGACUGGAGGUGGUGGAUAAGAUCUACCAGACCGGCGAGUUCGUCGAUCGCCUGACCAAGAACGCCAACGUGGUGGAAUGUUUGCUGUUCAAGAAGCUGCUGGACUCUAAGUUGCAGUCGCUGAUGAGCUACGAGCCGGACAACAGCGUGCAGAACAUCUGCGACCUGGAAUUCGUGUCCAACUACCAGGCCAUCCAAGUGGGCGUGAGAAACACGUUCGGCUACGUGCGGUCCAGCACCGAGCUAGGCGUGAUCGGACCCGGCAAGCAGCCGCCGAUCGCUCGUCCGACCAACGGAUCGCUAAUGAAUGGUAACUCGACGAUGGUUAACGGUUGUUUGAACGGCAGCAGCAACGGCUGCGGCGGCGGUGGCGGCGGAGGACCAGCGGAUCUACUCCAGCACAACGGCGGCGGUACCGUGUCCAACGGCGGUAACGGCGUGAUAGAACGGCCGUACUCCAACGGUCUGACGUCGACCAGCCCGCUGUCCGGCCAGUACGACACGAACAACAUACUGUCGAAGCGUUUCAAUAGCGUCAACAGCCUGGGACCGUUUUCGGCCAGCGCGAUCGGCGACCUAAACCUGAACGCCAUUGGCAACAUGAACGGCAUGAACGGCAUGAGCGGCUUGAACACCAUCAACCCGUACGAGAAAUGGUCGAACGGCGGCAGCGGUGACAUAUUCCAGAACGGCAGCGCGGCUGACUUCCCGUUGACCAUCGACAACAACGAUUCCAUUCUGGACCUGUCCAGCAAAUUGUUCACCGCGUCCAUAUUCCCGCCCAAAUCGCAGAUCAAGCGGCACAAGAUGAUCUAUCACUGCAAGUUCGGCGAGUUCGGCGCCAUGGAGGGUCAGUUCACGGAGCCCAGUGGCGUGGCCGUGAACGCGCAGAACGACAUCAUCGUGGCGGAUACCAACAACCACCGGAUCCAGAUAUUCGACAAGGAGGGUAGGUUCAAGUUCCAGUUCGGUGAGUGCGGCAAACGGGACGGGCAGCUGUUGUACCCGAACCGCGUGGCCGUGGUAAAACCGUCCGGCGACAUAAUCGUCACUGAACGGUCGCCCACGCACCAGAUACAGAUCUACAACCAAUACGGGCAGUUCGUCCGCAAGUUCGGCGCCAACAUACUGCAGCAUCCCCGUGGCAUCACCGUCGACAAUAAGGGCCGCAUCGUAGUGGUCGAGUGUAAGGUGAUGCGCGUCAUCAUAUUCGACCAGGCCGGCAACGUGCUCGUCAAGUUCGGCUGCUCCAAGCACCUGGAGUUCCCCAACGGUGUGGUGGUCAAUGACAAACAGGAGAUAUUCAUAUCCGACAACCGCGCGCACUGCGUCAAGGUGUUCAACUACGAGGGCCAGUACCUGCGGCAAAUCGGCAGCCAGGGCAUCACCAACUAUCCGAUCGGUGUGGGCAUAAACGCCUCCGGCGAGAUACUCAUCGCCGACAAUCACAACAAUUUCAAUCUGACCAUAUUCACCCAGGAGGGACAGCUGGUUUCUGCCCUCGAGUCCAAAGUCAAACACGCCCAGUGCUUCGACGUCGCUCUCAUGGACGACGGGUCCGUCGUGCUGGCCAGCAAAGACUAUCGGCUUUACAUCUACCGUUACAUUCAAAUACCUCCGAUGUUAAUGUAGAUCUCAUUUUAAGCAUUCCUAAAUUGAAUCAAGUCGCCAUGAAAAACGAAAUGAAAAAAAAAAAA